AUGGAUAAGUAUGCGCGUCGUCACGAAGACCUUCUGAAGAAGUUACCUAUUCGAGAGAUAACAGAGUCCGAAAUCCAACGAAACUUCAGCGCCGGGUUUAGUGUAAAAGCCGGUCGAGAUCUCGACGGUAGGCCUAUGGGGUGGGUGAGGAUGCGAUUCAUGUCACCAGCAACCAUACCAAUACUAUGUGGCGUGAAAUCCACAUGGAUGGCGUUGGAUGCGGCUCUAGCCGACCCUGCAUCGGUCCGCCUUGGCGCGUGUCUGGUGUACGACUUUGCUGGUAUUGGUAUGAAGAAUAUUACCCUUAACGUGGGAGAUAUCAAGAAGGGAGCUCUGUGA